CCGGUCCGGAUCGAGGGAUCGAGUGAGUCAGCCGGUGCCGGUGCUGCAACGCAGUUAAACAUAACAGGAAAACAAGUUUCAGUGGGUGGCGUACAGUACCUGGCUCAGUUUUAAAUACAAAGUAAUCUGUAUCGGUCGCUUGAGAAACAGUUUACGACAAAAGAUGGCAAAUUUCUUUUCAAAUCUUUAUGCCAAGAUUUUCGGCAAAUCACCGAUUAGAAUUUUAAUUUUGGGUCUGAAUGCAGGUGUGGGCAAAACAACUGUUUUGUAUAGGCUGAAAGAUGGCACUACCAUUGACAGUACUCACACAGUUGGAUUCAACUUGGAAACCGUGGAGCGUAACAACAUCAGUUAUGAAAUAUGGGACAUUGGUGGUGGUGACAAAAUAACACCUUUGUGGAAUCAGUACUUUCAGAAUACCAAGGCAAUAAUAUUUGUAGUUGAUUCAACUGAUAAGGAGCGACUGGAUGUUGUGGAGCAGGAACUGCACAGACUGCUGACUGAAAAAGAGCUUGAACAUUGUCCAUUAUUGGUACUGGCCAACAAGCAGGACUUGCCAGACGCCAUUACUGUAGAUGAGCUGAAGAAAGCAUUGAAAUUGGAUCAAUGGAAAAACCGGACUAUCCACGUACAAUCUGCCGUUGCAAAUCAGGGGACUGGAGUGUCUGAGGGUUUUGAUUGGCUUUGCAAUGAACUCGCAAAAGCGGAAAAGUAGAUCUUAAGUUUUUUAAUUAUGUUUAUCUGAAUCAUGCCCUUAGCUUGGUAGAACAACCAUCAUUGUACAAUGGCAAUUGGCAAUGUUAUCAAAAAUAAUUGCAAUAUAAAUGUAAUGUCCCAAAAGAUGAGGUACAGUUGACAUCAAAGAUCUGUUUUUUCGCCUUAUUACAAAGGAGUGAGAUGCAAAGUCGAAACAUAUCUUUGACAUAGAGUGAACCAUUAUCCACAAAGUUAACCCUUUGAACGCCACGCCUAUCGUGAGCGGCGCGUCAUCGUGAACCUACAAUUUGUAAAUCUUAUUGCAAAGGCAAGGUACACAAGAGGGCCUACCGCGAAAACUGAAAGUCGCAAAUUGCGGGAAUGUUUCUCUUUUACUCCAAUAAAAAGCGUAAUUAGAGUGACAGCUCCGAUUUUUGCGGUUAUAGCCCUGUAACCGAUUGAAAGUGUUACUGUUAGUAAAUAAUACUGUUUUACCUAUAUUUAUAUGUAUUUUAUUCUAAAACAGGAAACAACAAAAUAACAGAAUUAAAUAACUAAUAUAAAACUAAAAACAUAAAUCUAAAAAUGAAUAAAAGUAAUCUUAAAAUAAACUACCAAUAUUAUGUAUUUAUUUACGUGUAAGCGGUAAUAAUCAGCACUUAUUUUUUAUUCCUGUCUAAAUUGUAUUAUUAAGUCAAUUGAGUGACUGAAUACCAGCAUAAAAUGCUGACAGCUGACUGUUGAAUUUGCAGACUGAGUGAGUCAGACUUGUAGUCAUGUAAGCACAGCUAACUUUUUAUGUUCAUAUUUAUUAAGCUUUUCAAAUAUUUUAAUGUUUUCUUUAUUAAAACUAUUGGCUAACA